CGCGUGAUCAUAUCAACAAAAACACCAAGAAAACAGACGGUUUUGGUAGGUUUAGCAUUAGUUUUGUGGUAGAGUGUACAUGGCGAAGGUGUGGCUACCGUUGUUGCUGACCGCUGUGCUUCUUCUGUUCUCGUCGGCUCCCCGGUCCGCCGGAGGAUCGCCACUGCACGUGGCAGGCCGCUGGAGUCAACCGAACACCGCUACGUUCUUCAAGGACCGUCUCAAGAACUCUCUCUCCCUUACCCCAUCUAUUUCCUCCUCUUCCUCGUCCCCCUCCUCUCUCGCCUCGGGCUUCACUUGCGAUGCGUGCAAAGCGUUCUUCGAAGUCGUCCGAGAACUCUACGACCACGGAUUCAUGCGGGACGAGAUCGCAAAGAUCUCCGUGGACGUCUGCACGACGCUAAAGAUCGAGGACCACACAGUCUGCUCUGGCGUAAUCUCACUCUUCAAGGACGAGGUUCUUACGGUGUUUGAGAAAGUCGGUCUCGGUUCAGACGAGGCCUGUAAUAUUGUCGUCGGGGACUCGUGCAGUAAGGGCUACGACCCGUGGCACCAGAAAUGGAGCGUUCCCAUCCCUGGGGACAAGCCACCUGUCACCCAUCACUCACCCGAGCCUGGGAGCCCAGUGACAGGUGUCCUGCACAUCACUGACAUACACUAUGACCCUCUCUACACUCCAGGACUCACUCGCGACUGUGGAGAACCUCUCUGCUGCCGCCCUCCCAAUGCACAGGGAAACUCUAGCACAGCGGCUGGUUACUGGGGAGACUACAAGUGUGAUGUUCCGUACCAAACUCUCCUUAAUCUCAUGGAACACCUACAGAAACAGGGCUCCAUGUAUGAGUGGGUGUACUGGACGGGAGAUAUGCCUGCACAUAGUGUGUGGACUACCACAAGACAAGGACUGCUCGACAUGAUGACCAACAUCACAGACCUCAUGAGCACCUCGUUUGGCGGCAAGCCCGUCUUCCCGACAUACGGAAACCACGAGGGAGUUCCGGUCAACAGUUUCCCUCCUCCAUACAUCACUGGUAACAUGUCUGCAGAGUGGCUGUACAGUGGCAGUGCCGAGCGCUGGGCGGUGUGGCUGGACAAGUUCCCAGAGUGGCCGACCAUCAAUGCCACCAUCAGGAAGGGAGGAUACUAUGUGGUGAAGGUGAGGGAACACCUCAAAGUCAUCUCACUUCAGACCAACUUCUGCAACACUGACAACUAUUGGUUACUGAUCAACAGUACAGACCCGGCAGGUCAGUUGCAGUGGUUGGUGGAGCAGCUGCUCCAGGCAGAGAGGGACGGGGACAAGGUUCACAUCAUUGGCCACAUUGCACCUGGUCUCCACUCCUGUAACCCUGUCUGGUCCUCCAACUACCACCUCAUUGUCAACAGGUUUGAGAGUACUAUUGUGGGACAGUUCUUUGGCCACACCCACCACGACUCAGUCGAGAUUCACUAUGACGACAAGAAUGUGUCC